AUGUACCUAGAUGGUCUCAAGUCCAAUGCCUCACGGCUCCUGUCUCACAUCAACUGGGAAAGCUCUCAGAGCCAAGUGUGCAGCUGUCCUCAGUGCAGACACACCUUCACCACAAGGCCUGAGCUGAACAGAAACACUCUGCUGAAUGAAGUCAUCAAGAAAUUAAAGAAGACAACACUCAGUUCUCCUCCUCCUCAGAAUUAUGCCGGCCCUGGAGAAGUUGAGUGUGACUUCUGUACUGGUAAGAAGUUCAGAGCGGUGAAGUCCUGUCUCACCUGCAUGGCCUCCUACUGUCAGACUCACCUGCAGCUUCACUAUGAAGGAGACGCUUGGAAACAUCACAAACUGACUGAUCCUGAUAGAAAUCUGAAGGAGAAACUCUGUGAGAAACAUCAGAAAAGUCUGGAGAUAUUCUGUAAAACUGAUGAUUCCUGUAUCUGUAUGAUGUGUGUGGUGUCUGGACAUAAUGGGCAUAAAAUGGUCGAGCUGGAGACGGAAAGAGAAGAGAAAGAGAAACAGCUGGGGGCGACACUGAGUGACAUCAAGAGGAAACUUGAGGAGAGAGAGAAGACACUGAAGGAGACGAGGAGGGCGGUGGAGGAGAUGAAGAUGUCUGUAGUAAGAGAGGUGGAUGAAAAUGAGAAGAGCUUCACUUGUCUGAUACGGUGCGUUGAGGAAGCCCACAGGAAAGUGACAGAGAGGAUCAAAGAACAAGAAAAGAGAGAAACGGAGAAGGCUGAAGAAGUCAUGGAGCAACUGGAGAAGGAGAUUGAGGAGCUGAAGAGGAGAGAGGCUGAACUGAAGGAGCUUUCAGAGACCAAGGACCAUCUCCACUUCCUGCAGACUUUCUCCUCUCACUGUGUCCUUCUUGCUGAUGGAGACUCGAUGAGCUUCACUGUCACCGCUGAUUUCUCAUCUGAGGGUCUCAGAAAGGAGCUGUCAGGUCUGACAAAGAGUGUGGAGAAGAUCAGCCAGUGGGACAUCAUGAGAAGGAGUCCAUCAGCUCAUGAAGCUCCAGUUUUUGCCCUCCAGCCUCCUGAACCUCAGAGCAGAGACGACUUUUUAAAAUACUUCUGUCCCCUCACACUGGACAUCAACACGGCAAACAGAAAACUCCAUCUGUCUGAAAGGGAACAAGAAGGUGACACAUGAGAGGACAGUGACUGAAUAUCCUGAUCAUCCUGACAGAUUUGACCGCUGGCCU